AGUAAAAGCUUUAUGGGAUUUCUGUUCUAGUCGCCAUGACGUUGAUGGCACAAAAAAAUCCCAGAAGCUGCACGAGGUUUAAACAGCUAACAACCAGUACAUACUUCAAUAUGAGUUCAGUCGAGAUCAACGACCCGUACGAUUUAACACGCAUAUGCACAUAUACCUAAGCGUGUUACACGUAUGUAACCUCCCUGGUGUUAACAAACAGACGAGAUGGCAGUGCGGGUACCUGUUAGCGAUCUGAGCUGUGUUAUUACAAUGCUGUCUGGUCACUUGCCCGACUCUAUGGCAGUCUACUCCCCGGUGGUGCUAGUGUCACGUGGACUAAGCGGAUAUGACGUGUUUGUUGACAGGCUUUCGACCAUUACUGCUGUGCUGGUGAUACCAGAUCACGUGGCCUCUCACAGUUCAGACCACGAGAAAAGUGUAUUUAUUUUCACCGUUCCUGACACCGACAUCCAAUCAUUACUCAACACAUCCGGGUUGUUGAAGCAUGAUCAUAUCACAUUUAACGUAGUAUGGAAGGAAACAUAUGACAAAGUAAGGGACAUUCUCUCUCAACGAGGCGUCUCGCCAUACACGGAAGUACUCUCCUCUGGAAGUGACGUUUACUACACAGAGAAUGUUCCGGAUGUUCCAACUCUACCAGAUGGAUUCUCUACCCGGUCCCUCGUCCCAACUGAUUAUGAAUUGAUAAUUUCUGGAGUGGAGUACAGAAACGCUAAUUACGUCAAAAGCGUGAAACGAAUCUUGGCAGUUGGUACUGUGAGUGUGGGUGUGGAGGAGGUUAAAUCAGGGGAACUGGUCGCCUGGUCGCUACAACAGAUAUAUGGCUACCUGGGGAUGACAUUCGUCCGACCAGAGUUCAGGAACAAGGGCUUAGGCAAAUAUGUUACAGCUAGUCUCGCGAGACAGAUGAUCGACAAUAAUGGAUUCUGUAUGGCGGCCAUAGGUGGACUGAAUUCAAUCUCUAUAAAUAUGCACAUAAAACUAGGAUUCAAACAAAUGAAUCGCUUAUUUUAUUCAGGACUAUUUCGAGCUAAGCAAUCUACAUCAUAUGCUACAGCCGCAAUUAUGAGCUGUUCUUGAAUGUACAUUGUCGUUUUAUAUUGUAAAACAUGUCAAAUUGCUGUUUCUUUCAUCUUAACAUCAAAUGAUAUAGAAAGUUUAUCUUUAAUUAUUUUAAUCUGAUAUAAAUAUAAUUGAAAAUAAAGUUCUCUA